UGUCUGAAUUAUUUGAACAAAUCCAAGGCUCUGGGCACUAUCUUCAGAGAGAGAGAGAGACUCAAGAGACUACUGGGCCUUCUGAACACAGGGAGCCCACAUAAUGGUGCGAGAAAGGCAACCUCAAGUUUCAGAGAAAGCAGUAUGGCAGUACCAAGUCAAGCUCUGGUCUGUUGCUGUAAUUUCCAUAGCACUCCUCAGUGCUUGUUUCAUUGUGAGUUGCGUGGUGACUUAUUUUACACAUGGCAAAACUGACCAAAGGCUGUCUGCAUUACAUACGUAUCAUUCAAGUCUAACCUGCUUCAGUGAAGGGACAAGGGUGACAGAAAAAGUCUGGGGAUGUUGCCCAAGUACUUGGAAAUCUUUUGAUUCCAGCUGCUACUUCAUUCCUAGAGAAGAGAAUUUAUGGACUAAGAGUGAGCAGAACUGUGUUAAGAUGGGGGCUCAUUUGGUGGUGAUCAACACAGUAGCAGAACAGAAUUUUAUUGUUCAGCAGCUGAAUAAAUCGUUGUCUUACUUUCUGGGACUCUCAGAUCCACAAAGGAAUAACAAUUGGCAAUGGGUUGAUCAGACACCUUACACAGAAAACGUCAGAUUAUGGCACCAGAAUGAGCCCAAUUUUUCUGCAGAGGAAUGUGCUUCAUUAGUUUUCUGGGAUCAUAGAGGAUGGGGCUGGAAUGAUGUUUUCUGUGAUUCUAAAAGAAAUUCAAUAUGUGAAAUGAAGAAGAUUUAUUUUUGAGUGGAAUGUUAUUCACGGUCACAUUUAAAAUGGAGACCUAUCAUAAAAUGAUCCUUUCCUCUUGUAAGUUAUGUGUAAUUCUUAUCAUAGAGUUUCAUGGAAGUAUCCAGAUUCCUUACUCCCUUCAAUCGUCCUUGUUAUUGUUUCCUCUUUCCUUCUAAUGAUAGAUUGAGCCCUUCUUUCCUUGUUUUUUCCUUUAAUUCAUUAUGCAUUCUUUACUUUCUUCAUAUUUCUUUUUACAAACAUUCCUUGUGCCAGAGAUGGUACUAUUUUGUCUUCAGAAGACUUAUGUGGAGGUAGUUAUUGAAAAUUAGGACCAUCCUUCCACAAAAUGCCGUUGAGAAAUUAUUUUGGUCAAACUGGGACAGUAGUCAUCUGGAGGCCUGGCAAGAGUGGAAGGAUCUGCUUCCUAGAUGCCUCAUUCAUAUGGCUGGCAACUUGGUACUGGCUAUUGUUAUAAGGGCUCAGAUCCUCACCAUAGGGAACUCCCCAUAGGUUUUCUUGAGUGUUCUCACAAUAUGGUGGCUGUAGUAAUGUCUUUUAUAAUCUAGUCUCAGAAAUCACACACUUGAACUUCUGGCGCAUUUCACUGGUUACACAGACCAAACCUGAUCUACUAAGAAAGAGGAUUACCCAAAGGCAUGAACAGCAGAAGAUGAAAAUCACUGAGAGCCAUCUUAUAGGCAGGCUACCAUAACAGGAUUUCUUUAAAAAGAUACGAAAUGUGUAUACCAAGAAGAAAAAUAAUUAAAAAUUCUUCUACACCAAAAUGAUCAACUUUGUUCAUCAAAACACUAUAAAAAUGUACGCCCUGGCUGGCGUAGCUCAGUGGAUUGAGCGCGGGCCUGUGAACUAAGAGGAUCAAGGUUCCAUUCGAAUCAGGGCACAUGCCUGGGUUGCAGGCCAGUUCCCAGCGGGGGACACAAAAGAGGCAACCACACAUUGAUGUUUCUCUCCCUCUCUCCUUCCCUUCCCCUCUAAAGAUAAAUAAACUCUUAAAAAAACACUAUAAAAAUGUAAAAAGUGGAACUGAAAGGAGAUAUUUCAAAUACUUAUAACUAACACAGUAUCAAUACCAGAGCAUACAAACUGGUCACAAAUUAUUUAGAAAGACAAUAAAAAAAUGGGCAAAAUAUUGGAAAAGCAUUUCACAGAAGAGGAAAUACCUGGUCCCAAAACAUAUUUUAUAGAGAUGUUCAGCCUCACUCAUAAUUUGAGAAGUGCAAGUAAAGACCACAAUACUGUCAGGCAAUGGUAAAUUCAUAGUUGUUUAUAUGGAAAACA